AUGGUCAGAGUGAUCGUCCUUAUAAGUCUUCCUUCGAUGUACACACUAAACGGACGGCUCUCGGACUUGAAUUUUGGUCCGGAACUCUGGAAUGGGACAGUUCCUGGGCUUGAAUUUCAGUCCGGAACUCUGGAAUGGAACAAUCCUGAAUGCUAUGAAAUGACCUCACAAGUCACAAGGGAAACCUUCGAGCCAGCACUAUCAAAUGCAACAGUACAAUUAAUGAUUUUAAUCAAUGGUCCUGAUAUAGAAGAUUUUGACUUUGAAAAAGCAUAUGAUAAUUGGAUUAAUUUAAAAGCAAGGCGGAUGCAAAAUUCAAAGAAUUUUGCAGUGUCUAUAGUAGUAGCAUUGUUAAAGGAUCUGACAGGUGUAGAUAACUUCAAUAAAGGAUCUGACAGAGGCAUGGAACCAAUUUUUAGAGAUCAACGAAUUCCGGAAUCUGGAUGA